AUGACCGAUCAAUUAGAAAGGAAAAAGGCUACCCGUCGUGGGAACAGAGCAGUUAUAACGAAAUACAGUAAUGAAGCGAAGGAAUUAUUGGCAAAUGGAGAAAAUAUCGACGAAAAUACGAAGGAUCGUUUAAACACGUUGCACGAUCUUCUUGAGGAAAAAUUACAAGUAGUAAAGAAAUUCGACGAAGAAAUCUUACAGUUGUGCGAAGUUAAAGAAAUAGAAAACGAGAUUGAAGUAUCCGAGGAAUUAAAUUCACGAGUUCUUGAUGUUAAAAGACAAAUAUCCAAGUUUUUUUGCGAAGAAAAUCGACGAUACGGGAAAAGUACACCUAUUCACGAUAUAUCUAUAGCUGGUCAAAAUAUCCCGCAAGUAGAAAUAACAGAGGUAGGUGAAAUUUCUUCUGAAAUUAAUGUCAAUAAUGAAACAAUAAACGAACAGGAUAAUGUUAAUUCAACCCAAGAUCCUACACCAAGUAACCCAACCUUAAUUCACCCAGACCCUAGUAGUCCAGCAACCAGUCAAUCAAGUGGAAAUUACGUCAUAG